AUGUGUGGACUGUGGAAAGUCAGCCAGAGGCCAAGCCUGUGUACGCAUGAGAGGACCCACCUGGGCAAGAGGCUCUACCUGUGUGUCAAGUGCGAGAAGAGCUUCCAGAACAGCUCCAACCUGAAGUCACACCGAAGGGCCCACUCCAAAGUGAAGUCUUGCAGGUGCUCGGAGUGUGGGAAAAGCUUCCUGGGGAGUUUGGAUCUUAGCAGACAUCAGAGAUUCCACACAGGAGAGAGCUCACGAGCAGCCCAAUUAUUUGGAAAACUUAUUUUAAAUAAACAGUGGUUUUGCACAGUGCUGGCUUUGUUCACUGUUGGCUGUUGA